AGUCAGUUUUCACUGGGGUUGAUCAAAAAGUUUCCCUCUGCUUUGCAAAGCUGCUGUCUGAGCAGUCGUUGGAAAGAGGAGGCCGGCUGCUCGCAUAUCCUUCUGCAAAGCUACUUAAAUGAAAUGAGAGGACUUCUUUUUCCAAGGAUUGACUGCCAAAAGAAGGAAAGAAGCUAUUUUCCCUCUCUUCUCCCCCAACUCCCACUAGACUUGAUCAGUUCUUGUUUCUGGCAUGCGUCUCACCUCUCAGAGUACUAUGUCACAGUAUUCUGCUAACUUCAUCUUGCUUCCCAUACCAGAGUAUCCUGUUUUGGACUGUGUGCCCAACAAAAUCAUCAAGCUCGUUGUACUGGGUGGCAGCAACGUUGGCAAGACAGCCCUGGUGGUGCGCUUUCUCACUAAAAGAUUUAUUGGAGACUACGAGCCCAAUACUGGAGCCUUGUAUUCAAGAAAAUUCAACGUAGACGGAGAGCAGAUCUCCUUACAGGUGCAGGAUACCCCUUUUGUCUCACUGGAGGAUGACAAUGACAACAUCUGCUGCCAGGAGCAAAUAAACCGCUCAAUCUACUGGGCAGACGGCUUCGUGUUUGUAUACUCCAUCACAGACUACAACAGCUACCAGCUCAUCCGGCCCUUGUACCAGCACAUCCGCAAGAUCCACCCCAAUGCCAACAUUCCUCUGCUUCUGAUGGCAAACAAAGGGGACCUGUUGCGAGCUAGGCAGGUGUCCUCCAAAGAAGGCCUCCAGCUGGCCAGCGAGCUGGGGGGCACUUACAGUGAGGUGUCUGCCCGGGAGAACUGUGAGGGAGUGCAGGAGGCCUUCCAGCAUCUUUGCCAGGAGCUCAGCAGGAUGAUCGGGAGCUGCAAUGGGGAGAAACGAAGAGGGCUCCACCUCAUCCGACCCAAGUCUCCAAAUAUGCAGGACUUAAAAAGACGUUUGAAGCAGGCUCUCACUUCCAAAGGGAAAUCUGCCACCACCCUUUGACAGCACUGACAGUAGUUCAGAGAAGCCAACAAGAAAGCUAGUAUUUGUAUAUUUCUGGGCCAUAACUCCAUAAGCUCAUUGGGCUUUUAAAGGUCUUGAUUACAAUCCUCCAUUCCUUCAAUACUUACAGAAUGAGCUUCGAUGGGCAAAAGCUUAGAAAUGUUGUUUAAAAAAGUACUGUUAGCAGGUCAGAAGCUAUGUCCUUUAAAAAAAAAAGACAUGAGAAGCAAGGAUUUGCUAGGAUGAUAUCUUUUAUUGGACCAACUGUGGAGCUGGGAUACAGUUAGACAAUUUUUCGAAUGUCUUGCAUCUCUUUGCCUCUUGCAUGAUUUCUGGACCAUCAUGACUACAACAUCACUCUUACACAAUUUUUAAGAAGGACUUUUUAAAAGUAGCCUAAAAUUAAACAAUUAAUUCCUAAUAUUAAAAGAAGAGUUUGUGGGGGGAGAAGUUGUUUUGGGAUGUAAAUAUUCCCAAACACAACUAGUGAGUUAAAGCAAAACCCCAGGAGAAUGAAAUAGACUAUAUUCAGGAAGUGAAACUUACCUGACUACUUUCCUCUUCUGUGAGACCCAAGUGAAACGGGAUUCUUCUAACUGAUAGCAAGAAAGGAAAAAAAAACCAUGAAGAAGGUAUGGUUGUAAAACAAUCAUAAAACUGGGCUGGGGAUUCCAGGGCAGGCAUAGUACCUGAAACUAUUCUAAUCUAUUGGGGGCCGGGGGGAAGGUUAACCGAAUAGAUUUUAUGUUGAUGACAUCCCUUAAAAAAAAGAGAACAAGCCCUUCCCACAGGUCACAUUUCAUUCAUAAGAUUACUUUUACAAAUUAAAAUAAAUUAUUGUGUUCAGUU